AUGAGCGGGAUUCAGUUUUCACCUUCAUCUGUCCCCCUUCGCCGGGUCGAAGAGGUCCAAUUUGGAAUCUUGUCUCCGGAGGAGAUUCGGUCCAUGAGUGUCGCGAAGAUUGAAUUUCCCGAAACGAUGGACGAAACUGGUCAACGUCCUCGAGUUGGUGGACUUUUGGAUCCUCGUUUGGGCACCAUAGAUCGACAAUUUAAAUGUCAAACAUGCGGUGAAUUGAUAGCUGAAUGUCCUGGACAUUUUGGUCAUAUCGAACUUGCUAAACCUGUAUUUCAUAUCGGAUUUUUGAGUAAAAUAAAAAAGAUUUUAGAGUGUGUUUGCUGGAACUGCGGCAAACUAAAAAUUGACCCUUCAAAUCCAAAAUAUCAAGAAACACAACGAUAUCGUGAUCCGAAAAACCGACUUAAUGCUGUAUGGAACGUUUGUAAAACCAAAAUGGUUUGUGACACGGGCUUGUCUGGUGGCUCGGAUAAUUUUGAUCCUAGUAAUCCCACAGCAAAUUUGGGUCAUGGUGGUUGCGGAAGUGCCCAACCAACGAUUCGUAAAGAUGGAUUGAAAUUGUGGGGUUCGUGGAAAAAAGGAAAAGACGAAUCCGAUCUUCCCGAAAAACGUCUUCUUACUCCUCUUGAAGUUCACACCAUAUUUACACAUAUUUCUUCAGAUGACUUAGAACGGUUGGGCCUUAAUGAACAGUAUGCACGCCCAGACUGGAUGAUUAUUACCGUUUUACCAGUCCCCCCACCCAGUGUUCGCCCUAGUAUUUCAGUAGACGGGACUAGUCGUGGUGAAGAUGAUUUAACGCAUAAACUAUCUGAUAUAAUAAAAGCCAAUGCCAACGUUCGAAGAUGCGAACAAGAAGGAGCGCCGGCCCAUAUCGUGUCUGAGUAUGAACAAUUAUUACAGUUCCACGUCGCUACAUAUAUGGAUAACGAAAUUGCAGGCCAGCCCCAAGCCCUUCAGAAGUCUGGCAGACCUCUGAAAAGUAUUCGUGCUAGACUUAAAGGUAAAGAAGGACGUUUGCGUGGCAAUUUGAUGGGUAAACGUGUCGAUUUUUCAGCUCGUACUGUUAUUACUGGUGAUCCUAAUUUGUCAUUGGAUGAAUUAGGUGUUCCUCGAAGUAUUGCAAAGACCUUAACUUACCCCGAAACGGUUACUCCUUAUAAUAUUUAUUACCUUCAAGAACUUGUUCGAAACGGUCCAGAUGAACAUCCUGGAGCUAAGUAUAUUAUUCGAGAUACCGGUGAAAGAAUUGACCUAAGAUAUCACAAAAGAGCUGGCGAUAUUCCUUUGAGAUAUGGCUGGCGGGUUGAAAGACAUAUCCGAGAUGGUGAUAUCGUUAUUUUCAAUAGACAGCCAUCAUUACAUAAAAUGAGUAUGAUGGGUCAUAGGAUACGAGUUAUGCCUUAUUCAACCUUUAGACUAAACUUGUCAGUAACAUCACCGUAUAACGCUGAUUUUGAUGGUGAUGAGAUGAACAUGCACGUACCACAAUCCGAAGAAACAAGAGCCGAAAUCCAAGAGAUUGCCAUGGUCCCUAAACAGAUUGUUUCACCACAGUCAAAUAAACCAGUAAUGGGUAUUGUUCAGGACACAUUGGCCGGUGUCCGAAAGUUCUCAUUACGUGACAAUUUCUUAAGUCGUGAAGCGGUUAUGAAUAUUAUGCUUUGGGUGCCAGGAUGGGAUGGAGUUGUUCCUCCGCCGGUAAUAGUUAAGCCUAGACCUUUAUGGACUGGUAAACAAAUUUUGAGCUUGGUGAUUCCUAAAGGUAUUAAUCUCAUGAGGGAAGAUGACAAACAAGGAAUGCUUAACCCAUCAGAUUUGGGCAUGCUAAUUGAAAAUGGUGAAAUUAUCUAUGGCGUUGUUGACAAAAAAACUGUUGGAGCUUCUCAAGGUGGUUUGGUACAUACAAUUUGGAAAGAGAAGGGACCUGACACCUGCAAGGGUUUCUUCAAUGGUAUUCAACGAGUUGUAAAUUACUGGUUACUGCAUAACGGAUUUAGUAUUGGUAUUGGUGAUACCAUAGCUGAUGCUGAUACCAUGCGUGAAGUGACUAGAACCGUUAAAGAAGCUCGUUCGCAAGUCGCAGAGUCGAUUCAAGAUGCUCAACAUAACAGAUUAAAGCCUGAGCCUGGUAUGACACUACGUGAGUCUUUUGAAGCCCAGGUUUCACGCAUUCUUAACCAAGCCAGAGACAAUGCCGGUAGAUCUGCAGAGCACAGCUUGAAAAAUUCUAAUAAUGUGAAGCAAAUGGUGGCAGCAGGUUCAAAGGGAUCUUUCAUCAAUAUUUCACAAAUGUCUGCCUGUGUAGGCCAGCAAAUUGUAGAAGGAAAGCGAAUUCCAUUUGGUUUUAAACAUAGAACCCUUCCUCACUUUCCUAAAGAUGAUGAUUCACCCGAGUCUCGUGGAUUUAUUGAAAAUUCAUACUUGCGUGGCUUAACACCUCAAGAGUUUUUCUUUCAUGCAAUGGCUGGAAGAGAAGGUCUGAUUGAUACUGCCGUAAAAACUGCCGAAACUGGUUAUAUUCAGCGUCGUCUUGUAAAAGCAAUGGAGGAUGUAAUGGUACGAUACGACGGCACCGUACGCAAUGCAAUGGGAGACAUUAUUCAGUUUGCGUAUGGUGAAGAUGGAUUGGAUGCAACCCUGGUUGAAUAUCAAGUUUUUGAUUCUUUGCGCUUAUCUAAUGAGCAAUUUGAAAGGAAGUACAAGAUUGACUUGAUGGAAGACAGGAGUAUAUCUCAAUUUAUGGAAAAUUCUAUUGAUAAUGAUCCAGAUGUGCAAGAUUUGCUUGAUGCUGAGUUUGCUCAACUCUCAAAUGAUAGAGAUCUUCUUUGUAAUUUUAUUUUCCCUAAAGGUGAUGCUAGAUGGCCAAUGCCUGUUAAUGUGCAACGAAUUAUUCAAAAUGCUUGCCAGAUUUUCCAUUUAGAAUCUCGCAAACCAUCCGAUCUUUUGCCCGGAGAUAUUAUUCAAGGUUUAAAUGAACUCAUAAAUAAGUUGAAAAUAUUCCGCGGUGAUGACCGAAUCACUCAAGAUGUACAAAAUAACGCUACAUUACUUUUUCAAAUACAUCUGCGUUCAAAGUUUGCUGUUAAGCGGGUUAUCACUGAAUAUCAUUUGAAUAAAGUUGCAUUUGAAUGGAUUAUGGGUGAAGUCGAAAGUCGAUUUCAGCAAGCGGUGGUAAGUCCAGGAGAAAUGGUUGGUACCUUAGCUGCGCAAUCUAUUGGUGAACCUGCAACUCAGAUGACUUUAAAUACCUUCCAUUAUGCUGGUGUUUCAUCAAAGAAUGUCACUUUGGGUGUUCCUCGUCUCAAAGAAAUUCUUAACGUUGCAAAGAAUAUUAAAACACCAUCUUUGACUAUAUAUUUAUUACCCCAUAUAUCGUCUAAUAUGGAUCUGGCUAAGAAUAUUCAAACUCAAAUAGAGCAUACUACUUUAAGCACGGUCACAUCUGCUACUGAAAUUCAUUACGAUCCUGAUCCACAAAAUACGGUGAUUGAAGAAGAUAAAGAUUUUGUUGAAGCCUUUUUUGCUAUUCCUGAUGAAGAGGUUGAAGAAAAUUUGUGGAAACAAUCACCGUGGUUACUGAGAUUAGAACUUGAUCGUGCUAAGAUGCUUGACAAAAAGCUAAGUAUGAGUGACGUGGCAGGAAAGAUUGCGGAGAGUUUUGAGCGCGAUUUAUUCACUAUAUGGUCAGAAGACAAUGCCGACAAGUUGGUAAUCCGUUGUCGUAUUAUUCGUGAUGACGAUAGAAAAACUGAGGAGGAUGACAAUUUAAUUGAAGAAGAUGUCUUUUUGAAGACAAUUGAAGGACACAUGUUGGAAAGUAUCAGUUUGAGAGGUGUUCCCAAUAUUACCCGUGUAUACAUGAUGGAACACAAGGUUAUUCGACAAAAGGAUGCUGGUAUAUUUGAAAGAGGUGAUGAAUGGGUUUUGGAAACUGAUGGAAUCAAUUUGACCGAAGCGAUGGCUGUUGAAGGUGUUGAUUCUUCUAGAAUUUACUCUAACUCAUUCGUUGAAAUCCUGCAAAUUCUUGGAAUUGAGGCAACUAGAUCUGCCUUACUUAAGGAACUCAGAAACGUUAUUGAAUUUGAUGGAUCUUAUGUAAACUAUCGACACUUAGCUCUCCUUUGUGAUGUGAUGACUUCUCGUGGUCAUUUAAUGGCAAUUACUCGUCAUGGUAUCAACCGCGCUGAAACUGGUGCUUUAAUGAGAUGCUCUUUUGAGGAGACUGUAGAAAUCUUAAUGGAUGCGGCUGCGAGUGGAGAGAAAGAUGACUGUAAAGGAAUUUCAGAGAAUAUUAUGCUCGGCCAAAUGGCACCAAUGGGUACUGGUGCAUUUGAUGUUUAUCUUGACCAGGGCAUGUUGAUGAAUUACAGUUUGAAUGCACCUGCGGCUUCAAUAGCAGUUGGUGAAUACGGUAAAUCACAAAUUCCGGAGGGUUCUGCUACACCUUAUGAGCGGUCACCAAUGGUUGAUUCUGGUUAUCUUAGCUCGUCUGAUGCAGCAGCAUUCUCACCAUUGAUUCAAAGCGGACCUGAAGGUCGAGAUGGUUUAGGUGAAUAUGGAAAUAUGCUCGGUGCUAGUCCUUUCCAUUCUGUCAAAUCACCUGGUUACACUAGCCCGUUCUCCAGUGCUAUGAGUCCUGGAUAUGGCUUAACAUCUCCAAGUUACAGUCCAUCAUCACCAGGAUACUCUACAUCUCCUACCUAUAUGCCUUCUAGUCCAUCCUAUUCGCCUACAAGUCCCUCAUACUCUCCCACUAGUCCUUCUUAUUCUCCAACCAGUCCUUCAUACUCUCCUACAAGUCCCUCUUACUCUCCUACUAGUCCUUCAUACUCUCCUACUAGUCCCUCAUACUCUCCUACUAGCCCCUCAUACUCUCCUACUAGUCCUUCAUACUCUCCUACUAGUCCCUCAUACUCUCCUACUAGCCCCUCAUACUCUCCUACUAGCCCCUCCUAUUCUCCUACUAGCCCUUCUUAUUCUCCUACUAGUCCUUCAUACUCCCCUACAAGCCCAUCCUACUCUCCUACUAGUCCAUCUUACUCUCCAACCAGUCCAUCUUAUUCUCCAACCAGUCCUUCUUAUUCUCCAACUAGUCCUUCUUAUUCUCCAACCAGUCCUUCUUAUUCUCCAACCAGUCCUUCUUACUCUCCUACUAGUCCUUCUUACUCUCCUACCAGUCCUUCCUAUUCCCCUACUAGUCCGUCUUACUCUCCUACUAGUCCUUCCUAUUCCCCUACUAGUCCUUCUUACUCUCCUUCUGGACAGUCGUAA